ACGCACCUUCCAGGCAGCCGCUGGAGAGAGAAAGCGAGACAGAGGCAGGAGUCAUUCUCCGCCGGAGGGAAAGGCAGAGAGGAGUUGUAGCUAGCUACAGGCUGCUCAGCAGUAUCUCUCCAGAGAGACAUUCCCAGACUUUGGCGGAGCUACAGCUUCCCUUUCCGACCUGCUUUCUGCACCAGCUUCUGCAGCCACCUCGGAAAGCACUUGCUUGCUAUCAGAUUCUCCGUCAUUUUCCUUGGGAACUGAUCGGAUACUUUUUUCCCCAGUCAGCAUUGAUUCUUCUCCCUCCACUCUUAUGCAUCCGACAGAGAAACAACUAUGAAGAUGAACCUCUCUGCCUUUCUUGAACUUGAAGGCUUCCUGGUGAUGGACUUUUGAAGUACACCUUGGAUCUCCAGCCUUAACCCCAGUCAAGGUCUCUUCGCUUUUGGAAGUGCUUCUUUUUGGCUCCAGGGAAAUUUGGGGGAGACACCUAAAGGAGGCCCCUCCCUUUUUUGGUUUCUCGGUUGUUGGAGCUUUAUAACAGGGGUUGUUGGGACAGGACUCUCUUCUCUGCCUGGGAUGGACGCCCUCUGUGAAUACAGCUACUGCUCCCUGGCAGCCAGCAUAAAGGAAACAAGGAUGGGAGAACUCUUGGAUUCCCUUCCCAGCCUUGUGGAGGAAAGGCUGCUGGCCAAUGGGACCAACGAGUCCUUGCAAGAGCUCUGGAGGAACCUGGUCAACUUGGAGAAGAGCGAAGGUGUGCAAGGGAGCGCCUCUGUGGUCCUGCGGAUCUUCAUCUCCAUCGUCUACUCCGUGGUGUGUGCCCUGGGUCUGGUGGGCAACAUCUUGGUGCUCUACUUGAUGAAGAGCAAAUGGAAAAAGUCCUCCAUCAACCUCUUUGUGACCUGCCUGGCCCUGACUGAUUUCCAGUUUGUGCUGACGCUCCCUUUCUGGGCUGUGGAGAAUGCUCUGGAUUACACCUGGCUCUUUGGCAAUGCCAUGUGCAAGAUCCUCUCCUAUGUCACAGCCAUGAACAUGUAUGCCAGUGUCUUCUUCCUCACUGCCAUGAGCAUCGCCCGCUACCAUGCUGUGGCCUCUGCCCUGAAAACCAGAAGGCAAAAUGGGCUCUCGGGUGCCUGCUCUCCAGCCAAAUGGCUAUGCGUUCUCAUAUGGAUCUUGGCCAUUCUAGCUUCCUUGCCCACUGGUAUCUUCUCCACCACUACUACAAUCUUUGGUGAGGAAUUCUGCCUCAUCCGCAUUCCUGAUAGUGAAGGCAACAAUACCUGGCUGGGGAUCUACCAAACCCAGAAGGUGUUGCUGGGUUUUCUGUUGCCACUGGGCAUCAUCACUCUCUGUUAUCUCUUGUUGGUGCGCUUCAUCAGUGACAGGCAUGUGGGUGCUAGUUCUUGUGGCCCGAGCACUAAACGCAGGACCAAAGUGACCAAAUCAGUGACUAUUGUGGUGCUGUCUUUCUUCCUCUGCUGGCUGCCCAACCAAGCGCUCACCACUUGGGGCAUCUUCAUCAAGCUCAACAUCCUGCACUUCAGCCAUGCUUACUUCCUGUCUCAGGCAUACUUCUUCCCUAUCACUGUGUGUCUGGCGCACUCCAACAGCUGCCUCAACCCCAUCUUCUACUGUCUGAUGCGCAGGGAGUUUCGCAAAGCCCUCAAGAAGCUGCUCUGGAGGAUCACCUCACCCUCCAUCACUACCAUGCGCCCUUUCACGGCCACCACUAAGCCCGAGCAUGAGGAACAAGUACUGCAUAGUUUGAUGCCUGCUAAUCCAGCAAAUACUUCUACUCCUUCUCCUCACCCUCCGCCAGGUGUAGCAGUAACUCUACCGGAUAUUGUCUCAUAUCCCCCUGGGGUGGUUGUGUACAGUAGCCGCUCUGAUGCCUUGCCUACCAGCACCUCGGCUGAGCACCACUGUUAAGCUUCACCAUGUAGGAAGGCUACAACUGGUUCCUGGCCCCAGGGUCUAAAGUAACUGGCAAGUAACUGUGCUGGAACCAAGCUUCCCCUAUCUUGAAGAUGUGGAAGUAGUAAAAUGGCUAUGGGAAUGUUCCCUCCAUCAGAAGGAAAACAGGAAGGGAAGAAUUUGUUUAGGACUUCCCCAUUAACCAGGAUGGAAACAACCCAUAGCAUUUAUGUAUGGCACUAAGAAAAGUGGGGACCUAUGGCACUGAUGAGUCUCUAGUAUGACCACACUUGUAAUACUGUGUACAGUUGUAGUCACUGCUCCUCCAAAAGGAUAUAAUAGAGUUGGAAAGAAGAUGCAAGAAAAGGAAGCCAAAAUGGUCAAGGGGGUGCAGGGUGUCUUCUAAGAAGAAAGGUUUGGGGAUUUUUUAAGCAGGGCACUAUUUAUGUUUUUUAUGAGGGGGUUACUAUUAUUGAAGAAUAUGGUGAUUUAGCUAUCUUAAGAAAGUGGGUUUUUGCUCUACUCCAGAAGAAAAAAAAAGUCUUUGAAUCCUAUUGGUAACUCCAACUAAAGUAGAUUUGUUGAAUCAGUGGAAUUUCUCUAAAUCUUGACUCACUAUUUAACAAAUCAUUAAAUUGGCAUACAAUAGUUAAGACUACUAAUCAGGCAAAAUAAUUAUUCAUCCGUUCAGGGUAUAUGCCUGGUAGUUUUGUUGACACACCAAAAUUGGUAAUACAGUUGAUCAUCCACAUUUGCAGGUUUAACAUUUGCAUAUUUGAUUAUCUGCAGAUUUGAUUAAUAUGGUCUCUCUAGGAAUCUCUAGGUCCUCCAUUGUGAUUCUAUGGUCAAUGUCUGCUGAAAGUUGACCAUAGGGUUUUGCUGGAACACUUAAAGAUUCCCAUGGAAAAUACUUCUCUAGGAAUCUCUAGGCUCUCCAGCACAACAGUAUGAUUAACUUCUGGUGAAAAUAGAUCUUAGAGUUGCCCUAAAGGACUUAGAGAUUCCAAAAUAGGUGAUCUCUCAAGUAAAAAAGAAAAAGUGGGGAGUGGGUUUCUUGUGUUUACUCUCUUUUACAGGGCCCUGUGUCCUUAACUCCAGUGAAUGUGGAGGGUCUACUGCAGUCUUGUCCAUUUCCUCAUCAGUGAAGUAAGAAUUAAUGGGUGGAUUGAACUGGAAUUUUCCUCAUUCUGUUGAGGCUCAUAUGGUUCAAUUCAAGAGGAAAAAGAGAACACGUUUAUUAUUGACUGUGUCUGGAUCACCUGUAUUCUCAGAUUUAUGGGGGAAAUAUUUAAUUUUACUCCAUGCUUUUAUAUCCCAUAUUAGGAUAUGUGCUCAUCCAAAGGAUGGUGACCAAGAUGGUAAAUGGUCUGGAAACCAAGCCCUAUGGGUUAGAAUGCUGGGUAUGUAGUUUGGAGAAGAGAAAGAUUAGCAGUGACAUGGCAGUAAUCUCCAUUUGAAGAGCUGUCAUGUAAACGAUGGAGCAAGUUUGUUUUCUGCAGUUCAGGGAUUAGGACACUAAUGAAUUCAAAAAGAUUCUACCUGAAUAUUAGGAAGAAUGUCUUGACUGUAAAACCUUUACAACAAUGAAAUGGAUUGUCUUGGAGGGUGGUGGACCUUCUUCCUUUAGAGAUCUUUUAUGUAGAGGUUGGAAAGCCAUCUCUCUGGAAUACUUCUAAUGUAUUUUCCUGCAUGGCAGUGGAUUGCCCUUGUGGUCUCUUUUGAUUCUACAAUUUUGUUCAAGAAAAGUGUGAAAGAUCUUACUUGUAGCUGACAAAUUCCAUGUCAUAAAAUCUUUAAAGGAAGCUAUUUUGGGAUAAAUUAUAUUUUUCGGAUAGUACAGUAGAGUCUCACUUAUCCAACAUAAAUGGGCUGGCAGAAUGUUGGAUAAGCGAACAUGUUGGAUAAUAAAGAGGGAUUAAAGAAAAGCAUAUUAAUCAUCAAAUUACAUUAUGAUUUUACAAAAUAAGCACCAAAACAUCAUGUUUUACAGCAAAUUGAGAGAAAAAGCAGUUCAAUACACGGUGACGUUAUGUAGUAAUUAUUGUAUUUACGAAUUUAGCACCAAAACAUUACAAUGUAUUGAAACAGCCAUGGAAUCAGGCAGGAGGCAGAUCAUAUUAGAUUAUACGGAAUAUUGAAUGAGCAAAGGUUGGAUUAGCGAGAUUCCACUGUACCUUUAAGGUCUGGACUAAAUCUAACGUGGUGGUGUCACAUCACUGAGAUGAAAGCCACCAGCCACUACCAAAAGGCACUGACAAUGGAGGGAAGAGACAAGAGUCAGUAUGUUUGUGGUGUUGCUAUAUUUAUGUGGUAAACCCUUAAAUCAAUAACCUGGGAGUGUAGCUUUAGAAUUCUGCUGCUCUGUAUCCAAGGAGACACCUGUCUUUUCCCAUCAGACUAUUUAAUUUACAAAGCUGAGCAGGACAUGUUGGACUUCAGGUGGUAGUCAGAAAAUGGUGAAAUUGUCACAAUCUGCCCAGGCAACUUAAUCAUUGGCUCUGAUGUAGAGAUGAUUAGUUGGGAUGGAUCAGAACUUGAAAAGUUCCUUGUUAGGACUAUAAUUCCCCAAUCAUUACAGCUACUAGCCAGGCUUGUUGGGGAUUCUGGAUAUUGGAGUGAAUGAAGUAGGUUUUCCAAGCUGUGGGAUGGAUGAGAGAACAGAUGGUAAGGCAGACUUUGAGAAAAGUUGUAACACAUCCAGGAACUGGCAUCAACAGACUUGCCUUGCCAAGCCAGGAUUUUAAAAUAUGCCACAAGUCCUGAUAAAUCAGAGCAAGAAUCCUUCAGAUCCUCUGAAGAUGCCAGCCACACAUGCAGGUGAAAUGUCAGGAGAAAAUGUUGCUAGAACAAGACCAUACAGCCCAGAAACCACACAACACUCUUCUCAAAGAGAUUGCUCUGAGGGAUGAAGUAGGAAAUUACAGUUCCCAGAACAGCCAUAGAGAUUUGGGGUGUUUUAAUCCACUUCCAAAAAUAUUGCCAUGUUUCUGAUUCCAUGAGUAACUAGAAGGU